AUGCAUAUAGCUACGGAAGUGGUGACAUCAACGACGGCUGCACCGUCGGAACAAAGUAAAAACAGUGAAUCUGGUGCUAAUAAUCAACGUAGUUCAACCACAAAUUCAUCGACUAAUGGUGGAACUGCAAAUCCACGUGAUUCGCCAUUAACUGCUGAAAAUUUAGCUGAGCGAACAAUUGAUUCGCUUAUAGCUGAACAUCCUGGUGAAUUGACGAGGACUGGAUGUCCACAUAUUGUUUGUACAGUUCUACCCACUCAUUGGCGAUCAAAUAAGACAUUACCAAUCGCAUUUAAAGUGGUCGCACUCGGUGACGUGCAAGAUGGAACUGUCGUUCAUUUAAUGUGCGGUAAUGAUGAAAAUUAUCACGGUGAAUUGCGAAAUUGUACGACAGUGAUGAAAAAUCAAGUUGCAAAGUUUAAUGAUCUUAGAUUUGUUGGCAGAAGUGGACGUGGUAAGUGA